AUGGGUUGGAGUUCAAUCAGCACUCCUACAGAUUUCCGGCGCUGUGCCAAUCUUCGACAACGGUGAACGAUCAGCAAGUAAGCCCUACAUAUGACCAAAUGCCUCUCUCUCCGGCGAGAUACAUAUAAGCCAUGGUGAUACCUUCAUAUUCUUCGAAGCCCAGGACCACCAAGACACUUACCCAACCUCACUGACGAAGGACCACCAUCAACAUGGCAACUCACGCCAACAUUGAGCUUAUUCCGGGCACGGAGAUCAUGAAUGCAGAUGGCAGAGCAGACAAAGCACUGAUCCCUCGACCUUCUUCGGAUACUCGUGAUCCACUCAACUGGUCGAAACCAUGGAAACUCACCGUCGUUGUCAGCCAGUCUCUGUUCACCUGGAUCUCUGUUACUGGAGCCCUAUCUAUUGCACCUAUGUUCCCUCUACUUGGCAAAGAGUUCCACCUCAACAACAACCAGCUGGCCAUGCUCACCGGUAUCACUGUCAUCACACUAGGCUUCGCCAACUUCUUCAUUGUGCCACUCAGCAACAUCUUUGGACGCCGGGCUAUUAGCUUAGUAUUCUCCGUCCUCAUCAUGCUGUCUUGUGUCUGGCAGGCACUGGCUACGUCCCAUAGGAGCCUUCUGGCUGCAAGAGCUAUCAAUGGUUUGGUGUGCGCAACCAGCGAGACCAUCCCAGUGCAGAUGAUUGCCGAUGUCUUCUUCCUGCAUGAGCGCGGACUGUGGACUGGAGUGUACUUCACAAGCUACUUCAUGGGCGCCUUUCUAGGUCCCAUUAUGGCCGGCUCGAUCGCCGCCCACCACGGCUGGAAGUCCUUCUUCUGGCUUGAGACAGCACUCUCCGGCGUCUCCAUUAUCCUGGUCGCCGUCGCGUUUCCAGAAACGAAGUAUCACCGCAGCCAUAGCUCCACCUCAUCCAGCCAGUCCUCUCUCCAAGGAAAGAGCGUCGCCUCCGACACCCCACCAGACACGCAACUCGAGAAACAGCAAACCCGAACCGAACUGAACGCCCUCGAAACGACAGCCCACCCCACGGGCCGCCCCUCGCGCUCGCAAUUCUCACCCUUCCAAGCCCCCGACCCGCGUUGGAAAGCCUUCAUCCUGCGCGACACCCUAACACCCCUCAAAUGCUUCUUCAACCCCAUCAUCCUCUGGGCAGGACUCAUGGUCGCCGGCCCUGCCGACCUACUCCUCUUUUUCAACUUGACCGAAUCCCCCGUGCUCGCUGCGCCACCCUACCUCUUCCGCCCUGACCAAGUCGGAUACACGAACUUCGCGUUCGCUGUCGGCGCGCUCUUCGGUCUGGCGACUGCAGGCCCGUUCUCGGACUGGGUUGCUGCGCGCGCAACGCGAAAGAAUGGGGGCGUGAGGGAGGCGGAGAUGCGACUACCAGUUCUGAUACCGUAUAUGAUCAUCACCAUGCUGUCCGCGAUUCUCGGGGGGCUCGCGUACCAGAAGCAAUGGGCCUGGGGCCACAUCAUCGUAUGGGGCUACGGACUCGCGGGUCUGUCUGUGACGACGGUGCCGACUAUCGCUAUCGCGUAUGCGAUUGAUUGCUACAAGCCGAUUUCAGGCGAGAUCAUGGUUGUUGCAACGGUGUGUAAGAAUUUCAUUGGGUUCUCGUACAGCUACUGGGUAUUUGAUAUUGCGCACACCAGUAAGGAUGGUUGGCUUACUCCGGCCAUGAUUAUCUUUGCGUGUGUGAUAGGUCCUGCGGUCCUGGCGAUUCCGCUGUACUUUGGUUUGGGCAAGAAGCUGAGGAUGUGGACGAGGCACUCGGAUGUUCAUCGCAUGGAGGAGUUGAUCUAGGACUAGGGCGAGGAGGUUGUACGCUGGUAUGUUUCGCGUGCGAAGUAUCGUCAUUGCUGUAAUAAACGUGCAUGUUUCCC